AUGAACUUGGAUUAAGCAUUCACAUUCGGUUAGGAUUGUUAUAAUCAAGAUUUAAUCAAUCCGUCUAAGCACCCUAAAAUAAGUAAAAAAUCACCAUUUUAUUCAAUUGUCAAACCAACUACGUAUUUUUGUCACAAUAAAAAAGAUCAUAAAAAAAUUAUAGAAUCAAGGAUACAUCAGUUUAAUAAUUAACAUAGACAAUAUAAAAAAAUAUGAAUAAGGAGAAUUAUAAUUCUCGUCAAUGUAAGGUUGUGUUACCUAAACAUACUCGAAAUCCAACAGAUCUGAAUUUAAUGAGAUUUGACACAUCUCCAAAUUCUCAAAUAGAAAUAUCCAACAAUUCAAGAGGGAUUAACUCGUAACAAGACAAUAACAGAAAGCUGUCAUUCAAUACUCCAAAUCAAACUAUUAGAACUUCAUUACCUCCUGUUAAUAAUAAUGAGAAAUAUAGAAAGAUAUCCUUAUCGAUGAAAGAACUCAUUUAAAAACAGAAAUACUGUUAUGAGAUUGGAGAUUAUGAAGAAUUGGAGGCUAUUUUUGAAAAACUAGAUUUACUUUGUGAUUAACUUUGA